CUGAUAUGUCCGCCAUCUUGAAGCGUCGGUGAUGGUGGCAAGCGGUGCCUUUCCUGCCUGAGCCGAGGCAGCCCAAGGCCUGUGGUGGGGCUGCGCGCUUGCCGAGGAUACCCUGUAAUGGGCAAGGAACCUGAGAGAAUACAAAGCAUUCUGUUUCGUUAACUUUAAAAAACUUUUGUGUUUAACAGACCAGCAUGUUUUGGAAAUUUGAUCUCCAUUCGUCAUCCCACAUAGAUACACUUCUAGAGCGAGAAGAUGUGACACUGAAGGAGUUGAUGGAUGAAGAGGAUGUUCUGCAAGAGUGCAAGGCUCAGAAUCGCAAACUUAUUGAGUUCCUGCUGAAGUCAGAAUGCUUGGAAGAUUUGGUGUCAUUUAUCAUCGAAGAGCCACCGCAAGACAUGGAUGAAAAGAUUCGAUAUAAAUACCCAAACAUAUCCUGUGAGCUGCUAACAUCAGAUGUCUCACAGAUCAACGAUAGGCUGGGAGAAGAAGAAUCCUUACUCAUGAAACUGUACAGCUUCCUUUUAAAUGAAUCUCCUCUAAACCCUUUAUUGGCCAGUUUCUUCAGCAAGGUGCUAAGUAUUCUUAUAAGCAGAAAACCAGAACAGAUUGUGGAGUUUUUAAAGAGGAAACAUGAUUUUGUAGACCUCAUCAUUAAGCACAUAGGGACCUCUGCUAUCAUGGACUUGUUGCUCAGGCUACUGACUUGCAUAGAACCUCCCCAGCCCCGACAAGAAGUGUUAAAUUGGUUAAAUGAGGAGAGAAUUAUCCAACGGCUCGUGGAAAUUGUCCAUCCAUCUCAAGAUGAAGAUAGGCAUUCAAACGCAUCCCAGUCGCUCUGCGAGAUCAUUCGCCUGAGCAGAGACCAGAUGUUACAAGUCCAGAACAGUUCAGAACCAGACCCACUGCUGGCAAGUCUGGAGAAGCAGGAAAUCAUAGAGCAGCUGCUGUCUAACAUCUUUCAUAAAGAAAAGAAUGAGUCUGCAAUAGUCAGUGCAAUCCAGAUCCUGCUGACCCUGCUGGAGACACGGCGACAGACGUUUGAAGGCCACAUAGAGGUCUGUCCUCCAGGCAUGAGCAAUUCAACGUACUCAGUCAACAAAAAUGUUUUAGAAGCCAUAAAGUCACGACUUUCAUCCUUCCAUGAGCUCCUGCUUGAGCCUCCAAAAAAGAGUGUCAUGAAGACAACCUGGGGUGUGUUGGAUCCACCUGUGGGAAACACACGUUUAAAUGUGAUUAGGUUAAUAUCUAGCCUUCUGCAGACCAACACAGGCAGUGUCAAUCAGCAGCUCAUAGAGCUUAACAGCAUAGGAGUCAUACUGGACAUGUUCUUCAAGUACACAUGGAACAAUUUUUUGCAUACCCAAGUAGAAAUCUGUAUUGCAUUGAUUCUUGCAAGUCCUCUUGAGAGCACAGAAAAUGGCACAAUCACAGAUCAGGAUUCCACUGGGGACAAUCUCUUGCUGAAACAUCUCUUCCUUAAGUGCCAAUUAAUAGAACGAAUACUUGAAGCAUGGGAGAUGAAUGAGAAGAAGCAGGCCGAGGGAGGCAGGCGGCAUGGCUACAUGGGGCACCUGACCAGGAUAGCAAAUUGCAUUGUGCACAGCACAGACAAGGGGCCAAACAGCUCACUAGUCCAGCAGCUCAUCAAAGAGCUUCCGGAGGAGGUCAGGGAGCGAUGGGAGACAUUCUGCACAAACUCUUUAGGAGAAACGAACAAGAGGAACACAGUGGACCUGGUUACUACCUGCCACAUUCAUUCUUCCAGUGAUGAUGAAAUUGACUUCAAAGAAACUGGCUUCUCCCAGGAUUCCUCUUUGCAGCAGGCCUUUUCUGAUUAUCAGAUGCAACAAAUGACGUCCAAUUUUAUUGACCAGUUUGGCUUCAACGAUGAGAAGUUUGCUGACCAAGAUGACAUUGGCAAUGUUUCUUUUGAUCGGGUCUCAGACAUCAACUUUACUCUCAAUACAAAUGAAAGUGGCAACAUUGCCUUGUUUGAGGCCUGCUGCAAGGAGCGGAUACAGCAGUUCGAUGAUGGUGGCUCUGAUGAAGAGGACAUUUGGGAAGAGAAACACAUUGCAUUUACACCAGAAUCCCAGAGGCGUUCCAGCUCGGGCAGUACGGACAGUGAAGAAAGUACAGAUUCUGAAGAGGAGGAUGGAGCCAAGCAAGACCUGUUUGAGUCACACACCAAUACAGAGGACAAAAUGGAAGUAGACUUAAGUGAACCACCAAACUGGUCAGCUAACUUUGAUGUACCCAUGGAGACUGCACACAGUGCCAAUCUGGAUUCUGUUGGGUCUGAUGUAUGGAGUACAGAAGAACCUAUGCCAGCAAAAGAAACUGGCUGGGCUUCCUUUUCUGAGUUCACAUCCUCUUUGAGCUCAAAAGAUUCCUUAAGAAGUAAUUCUCCUGUGGAAAUGGAAACAAACACAGACCCAAUUGAUCCCUUGAGUGCAAGUACACCUGCUCUUGCUACACAGCUAGACACCCCAGGAAGUGUUGCCAUGGAGGCCAGCUCCGAUGAAGAUGAUGCAGAGAGUGCAGACAAGGUAACAGAGACGGUGAUGAAUGGCAGCAUGAAGGAAACCCUGAGCCUUACCGUAGAUGCUAAAACUGAAACAGCUGUCUUCAAAAGUGAGGAAGGAAAAUUGUCUACCUCGCAAGAUCCUUCUUGUAAAUAUGUAGUAGAAGAGAACACAGAGGUUGCAGAAGAGACUCCUUCAGCUCUGCAGCCUACUAGCAACAGUCCAGAUCAGAGGCCUGACCAGCACACCCCUCUCGAGGCAUCUGCCAACGGCCCUGUAUGAUGGCACUGCCCCUGCCUUGGCUGAGGAACACGAACUGAUUCUCCAGGGGUUGGUUGGAUUUCAUCUAGACCCUGGUGAAGCCAGUCACUGCUGCACUAAUUUCGCAAGGGAUCAGGACCAGCAACCUUUCUAUUCUAGAUUUUAAGAUAUUGUACAGAAAUUCCUAAGCGUAAAGAUGCUGCGCCACGAGGAGCCGCCGGAGCCCCAGCCCUGUCCCUUGGGAUGGCCCUGGAGCAGGGCCGCCGCCCGGCAGUACUGUUACUAGAGCUCAAAUGGCUGUAAGAAUAGUUUUAUAAGGAAAAAAAAAAAGAUAAGUGGAUACACAAAUCUAAUGUAUUUGAGACAUAACUAUUUGCUGAUUAGUGUGACCAAAGUAUUUAGCAGUUUUCAUACAUUUUUCACCUUGUAAGAAAGAAAGCAAACAAAACCCAAUUCGUAUUUCUUCUGAACUGCCCCUCUAAGUGUUCUUUUCAGUUGUUCUAGCUGACAAAAGUGAUUUCCAGAAAGUUUGUUGUUUUGUUUUUUUUUUUCCCUUUUUUUGGUGUUCAGCAUUUUACAAGAGGUUUUUUAAUUGGUAAUUGUUUUCUCCUGUAUUGUUUAAAAGCCAGAUCAAAAAUGUUAAGUCUAUAGGUAGAGGUUUUAAGUAUUUAUUGCUACAACUUAGUUGACAAAUCGAUGUUCCUGUAAAGCCAUAAUGUUCUGUUAAGUCUUGUUUGCUUGAGCAGCCCCUGCCAGGUGAAACACUAGAGUCUUGGAAGUGCACAUGGCUGUUGUAUGAAGUGGUUCACCUGCCUCACCGCCCCAGCCAGCACCCAGCCCUGCCAGUGGAGCCUUGCAGAAUAAUCGGCACCCUCCCAGCAGCUGGUGUCCUCGGAGACAAGGCAGAGAGAUGCUUGUGCUGCUGCUGGGCUGCCAGCACCUGCCUUUGGAAAGGAGAGAGUGGUUUUUAAACCAGAGUUUGGCAGCAGAGCAUGUUCAUUGUUACUUUCACUGUACUGAUCCGUGUGAGGCUUUCAUUUGUAUGUUCUCGGAACCAGUUUUUUCCCGGCUGGUUUGUGUAUAUAUAUAACGAUUAUGGAAACUAAUUCUGUGUAAUUUAUAAUUUUCUAUGUCAGUGGAAAAUUCCAGCAGCCUUUUCCAACAAACAAGCAAUAUACUGGAUAUUGCCACAUUGUCAGGUGAAAGGGUUAAAGCACUUCACCUCCUGCACUUUGAGAUGCAGAUUGUUUCUUCUCUGGGUGAUGGUUCUGUUCCUUUCUUUUUCCAUCCUUUGUUUUCCUGACCAGUAUUGAAAGCCAAAAGGAUACUCUAAGCACUGGCCAAUGAUUCCUUUCAGAAGGCAUCCCCAGGGAGGUGCCUGAAUGUGACAUUGCAUACAGAAAUAAAUAAAACCCAGGCCCCCUUCUGCCGGGCAUUGCCCUGCUGCUUCCACCUUUGCAUUUCCUGCAGCCCAUUGGUGCCACUUGGCAGUGCAAGUUGUUACAAACUGCUCGGUUGUGUGAGAGGUGAGGGGGAAAAGCACACUGUCCUAGGUGGAAUUUGUAGCUGUGGUUGCCCUUUUCUUUGUACU